AUGCCUCGUAGUCCACAAGCAUACGCAAAAUCGUUGUCGUUGUCGAAACCUUGCAUGCUCGUUGAGCACCUCGCUGGAUCUGCGGAUACCAGCCACCGCAAAAGUGUUUACAAGAGGGGUGGCAAGGUGAGCCAAUGGGUGGUGUUUCCAGAUGCAGCGAAAGCUACGCCAGCCAUCGCUGCGGCAGAUAUGAUCAUGAUUAUUUGCAGUUACUCACUAGUUUCAAGCCUAGGUCGUGAACCUAAGCUGGCCGAAGCCGCAGCUUCGGGGUGCGAAGUGUACGAAGGUGACGAUGCGGGGUGCUGGAAUUUUCCCACGGUUUGGCACGUGAACUUCCGUGACUUGCGUUUGAAAUACAUGGUCCCAAAGAUCAGAGUCUACCAAGCACUCGUUAUCUGCAAGCGAGGAGGGUGGAGGCAGAGGUGGACGCUCCACACGUGGAUCAAACUUCGGGUCAAGCUCGGUCGCAACGUCUGGCAAAUGAUGGUGGAUAAUCUCUUCAAAGAAUUCAAAAAACCUUGCCUGAUAUGA